AUGUCAUUCACGUCGUAUCAUUUCAACCAGCAACAGCCCACUGCCACCGGCCCAUCCGUCCACCAGCAGAACCACCAUGGCCGCAACAGAAGGGCACCGCGUCUGUCCGUCUCCCAGAACUCGCAACGUCAGUUCCGCGGCGUCAAGAGCAUCAAGGAGAUGAACGACACUGCAACCGUCACCUCGUUCCGCUCACAGUUCGAGGCCAGCCGGUCCUUUGACCUCGAGGACGACAUGGAGUUCUGCCCCAAGCUUCUGACGGAAAGCGAUCUUGUUUCAAUCAGCAGUGCUUCUUCGGACAGGUCCUCGCUGUCGAGUAACUCGCCCAACUCGUCGCCGACGCAGCACCCGCAGCAGGUCGCAUCCUUCUCUCUCAACUCCACUUCUCCGGCUUUUGUGCCACCUUCUCUUCACAACCAGCAGUCGAGCAUGAAGCUCCACCAGCCACACGCCACGCGCAUUCGCAAUGCGAUCCCCAUCAUCAACCCUGCCAACGGCCUCACCAUGUCUAGCCCGCCGCCCUCGGUGUCUCCUGCCCGGAUGCAGCAGCCCCUCGGCCGACGCUGGUAA